GAUACCCAUGCCCUCAACAGCACACGCCUCACCAUCUCCCUCCUUCCCUCUCUCUCUCUCUUCUCCCUUUCCCCUUGUUGUGUCGCCAGCAGCUGGCCCCAAUCAGCCGCCCACGAGCACCACGAGCACCACCAGGCCGUGUCUCCCUCCUCCCACGAGCACCACCAGGCCGUGUCUCCCUCCUCCCACGAGCAGCAAGCAGCAGCCCAGACACUAGCAGUAGGCUGUGUCUCCCUUCUCCCAGUUAGCAACAACUAAGCUGCACUCAAACAGCUACCAGCAGCAGCGGCUGGCACGGCUGGUUGUGCAGCCUUCACCGCCACGCUCACGCACCACCACCACAUCAUUUACAUGUCUUCCACCCCUUUACUAAUUCCCCCAUUGUUUCCAGUUCAUAAGAGGAAAGUAAGACUUUAGUUGGGUUAUUUUUGUAACUUUUGGUCGUGCAGUGACGCUUACAGUUGUUAAUUUUACAAACAGAACUUUAUCGAAAUUUCGCCCAUUUGUUGGUGCCCCAUGGGACUCUGAAACCUGGAUUCGCCACCGCAGGCGGCAGCCACUACACUAGGUCACCACUCUCUUGCUCCAUUUGUUUAGUGUUAAGGAAUGAUGGUGAAGGAGAUAUACCGAGCUGUGAAGUUCAUCUGCUGCAUAGAAUUUUGGAGAAUGAGUUUGUUGUGGACUCUAUCUCUUGUAAUUUCUCAUUUGCGGAUCUUUGCUCUGCGUGUAUGGGGUCACAAGUAUAGAAACUUUCCAAGGCAGCGAGUAGCACCAAUCUCUGCUUCCAAUAGACCCAUCUGCAUCAUCACUGGAGCAACAUCAGGGCUUGGAGCAGCAGCUGCCAAAGCACUGUUAGAAGAGGGCUUCUUUGUAAUCCUAGUUGGAAGAUCAGCUCAUCUUCUGUCUAAGACUAAGGCAAAGAUCCAUACUUUGAAUGAAAAUGCUCAGCUAGAAACAUUUGAGGUUGACUUGUCAUCCUUCUCAUCCAUUAUGAAGUUAAAGAACUCUUUGGUGCAGUGGUUUUCAGAUAUGAAUCUCCAUCCUUCAAUCCAACUGUUAAUCAACAAUGCAGGAAUAUUGGCAACAUCAUACAGAACCACUGAUGAUGGUUUUGAUGAGAUGAUAAUGACAAACUACAUGGGGGCUUUCUGUCUCACUAAGGUUUUACUACCACUACUCAUAGAUAGUCCUGUUCCAUCACGUAUAGUCAGUGUCUCAUCUUUUACACAUCGAAAUGUGUAUGAUUUGCAGGUUGAUGAGGAGUUUAUUUAUGGAAAGCCCUCAAAUUUCAAGCAAUAUCCAUUUGCUCAUAUAUAUGGUUGCUCCAAGUUGUGUGUACUUCUUUUGUCAUAUGAGCUUCAUCAACAAUUCUGCAAAGACAAAAAAUCUCAGCUCUCUGUCAAUGUUGCAGAUCCUGGAGCAGUAAAAACCAACAUCAUGAGAGAAUUACCACAAUGUCUUUCCCAACUAGCGUUUUUAGUCUUGAAUCUUCUGGGAAUCUUGCAAAUUCCUGAGAAAGGGGUCAGCUCAAUAAUUGAUGCGGCACUUGCUCCACCUGAAAUUUCUGGAAUGUAUUUUUUUGGUGGAAAUGGCAGAACAAUCAGAUCUUCCCCCUUGUCUUAUGACCUUAUGCUUGCCAAGAGAUUGUGGUGGAUAUCGAGUGAAAUAUUUCUCGAGAUGAAGCAUAAAUCUGAGAGAAGUACUGCAUUAUCUACCUGUGACUAGGUUGGUCGCAUUUAAAAGGCCAAUCUUUAGCCCAUCUGCGUAUAAAGGGCUAACCUUACGUUUAUUCUACAAAGGUCUAACCUUUUACUCCUAUUUGCAACGAUAGAGCUUUUUGGUAAUGGCUACCUAAAAUAACAUGUUACUCCAUCUUAUUUAAUUAAAAAUAACACAUGUUAUGUUCUGAUUGGGCAUUUUUAAAAGAAAAAAGAAAA